AUGACUACAACCGCCCCGGUGCCCGUCUACUUUGUCAGCCACGGUGGGCCCAACCUCCUGGACGAAUCCGACUACCCCCCGACCGGCGCUAUAUCCAAGGCUCUACGCAAAAUUGGCGACGAUAUUCGCGCCCAAAACCCACGCGCACUUCUCGUACUCAGCGGUCACUGGGAAUCCAACAACGGCAAAUCGCUCCAGAUCAAUGGCAAAAGCGCCUUCCCCAAGCCGCUAAUCUACGACUUUGGUGGCUUCCCGGCGUGGCUAUACAAGGAGGAGUUUGCACACAAGACAGAGCCCGCGCUGACACAACAGAUUGCCCAGCUGCUCACGCAGGGCGGCAUCCCUGUGGAAACCGUAGACCGCGGGUUGGAUCACGGCGCCUGGGUUGUGCUGAAGAAGGCUGGGCUGGAAAACGCAUCAUUCCCAAUUAUCCAGCUGUCGCUUUUCCGCAGCGACUCCAUGCCCCAACACCUUCACCUCGGCCAGUUGUUGGCUCCUUUACGCGAACAGGGGGUGGUCAUUGUGGGCAGCGGCAUGGCGGUGCAUAACCUUCGCGAUUACUUUGGCGCCUCGGCAACGCCCGUGCGCUCGUAUGUGCGCCCAUUCGAUAAGGAGAUCGAGACUGCUCUUUUGUCGGGGGAGAACCGCGAGCAGGCAAUCUUGGCCCUGAGCGAGUCGGAUUACUUGUACAAGGCGCAUCCUACGCUCGAGCACCUGCUCCCCUUGCAUGUGGCAGUAGGUGCUGCGAAGGGCACUGCGAAUGUCGAGAAGAUUUUGGAGGCGUAUCAGGUGUCCUUGAGCUGGUCGUGCUACAAGUUCUUCUAA